CCAAAUGGGGCCUUAAUCUCACCAAAACCUUUAAUAGUAAAUUUCUCACGUGGUGCGCACGUGCGUGGCAGAUGCAGAUCUGUGUCUUCCCACUCCCCCGAAGAAGAAACAGAGAGCAGCUCCUGCAAAUCAAUAGGGAAAACAAAGAAAACAGGAGGAACCACCAGCUGUUUCAGUAAACGGCGAGAUGGCCGCUUUCAUGACGGUCUUAGAGUCUGAUCUAAGGGCUCUUUCAGCGGAGGCUCGUCGCCGUUAUCCCGCCGUCAAAGACGCCGCCGAACAUGCUAUAUUGAAGCUUAGAUCGAUGUCGAGCCCGAGUGAGAUUGCGCACAACGAUGACAUUUUGAGGAUAUUUGUGAUGGCCUGUGAAGCUAAGAACGUAAAACUAAGUGUGAUUGGUUUGUCAUGUCUGCAAAAGCUCAUUUCGCAUGACGCCAUUGCUCCUUCUGCUUUGAAUGAAAUCCUUUCCACUCUCAAGGAACACGGUGAGAUGGCUGAUGAGAGCAUUCAACUUAAGACCCUGCAAACUAUACUCAUAAUUUUUCAAUCUCGUCUACAGCCUGAUAACGAGGAGAAUAUGGCUCAUGCUCUUGGUAUCUGUAUCCGCCUCCUUGAGCACAAUAGGUCAUCUGACAGUGUGAGAAAUACGGCGGCAGCAACAUUCAGGCAAGCAGUAGCGUUGAUAUUUGAUAAUGUGGUUUCCGGAGAGUCGCUGCCUGUAGGCAGAUUUGGUUCUGGAGGAUACAUUUCUCGAACAAAUUCUGUAACUAGUGAUGUCAAUCGCAACAUAAAACGCCUAGAGAUGCUGGAGUUGGAAGUUAUUUCUGGAGGGCCGUCAUUGAUGAGGGAAACUCUUACAAAACCUGGGAAACUUGGGCUUUGUUUACUAGAGGACUUGACAACUGUUGCUGCAGGUGGAUCUGCUAUUUGGCUGCGUGUUGGUUCCGUUCAGCGGUCAUUUGCACUUGACUUACUUGAGUUCAUAUUAUCUAAUUACGUGGUACUCUUCAGGACCUUGAUUCCUUUCCAACAGGUUCUGCGUCACCAAAUUUGCUCACUUCUCAUGACAUCACUACGUACCAACUCAGAGAUUGAAGGUGAGGCAGAAGAGCCUUACUUUCGCCGCUUGGUCUUGCGGUCUGUAGCCCAUAUAAUCCGACUUUACAGUUCGUCACUUAUUACUGAAUCCGAGGUGUUUCUCAGUAUGUUAGUGCGAGUUAUAGCUCUUGAUCUACCCCUAUGGCAUCGCAUUCUCGUCCUUGAAGUAUUGAGGGGUUUCUGUGUAGAAGCACGCACCUUGAGGAUUCUUUUUCAAAAUUUUGACCUGCACCCUAACAACUCAAAUGUGGUUGAAGGCAUGGUAAAAGCUCUUGCUAGGGUUGUUUCCACUGUACAAUACCUAGAAACUGGUGAGGAGAGCCUUGCAGCUGUUGCUGGAAUGUUUAGCAGUAAAGCGAAAGGUAUUGAGUGGAGUUUAGAUACUGACGCAUCAAAUGCUACUGUCUUGGUUGCAAGUGAAGCACAUGCCAUCACUUUGGCAAUUGAGGGUCUGUUGGGAGUUGUUUUUGCUGUUGCCACUUUGACAGAUGAGGCCGUCGAUGACGGUGAGCUUGAGUCCCCAAGAUGUGAUACUGAUCCAGCUACAAAAUGUACUGGGAUAACUGCAACCCUUUGUGUGUCAAUUGUUGAUUCGACAUGGUUGACAAUACUAGAUGCUUUGUCCCUGAUUCUGAUGAAGUCACAGGGCGAGGCUAUAAUAUUGGAGAUAUUGAAAGGUUACCAAGCAUUUACACAGGCAUGUGGCGUUAUUCGUGCUGUAGAACCUUUAAAUUCUUUUCUUGCUUCGCUUUGCAAGUUCACAAUAUAUAUUCCCAAUGAAGCUGAAAAGAGGAGUGUAAUGAUGUCUCCUAGUUCAAAGCGGGCUGAGCAAUUAGUUGACCAGAGGGAAGGCAUUGUUCUUACUCCUAAAAACGUGCAGGCUCUGCGGACUCUCUUCAACAUAGCUCAUAGAUUACAGAAUGUACUGGGUCCUUCAUGGGUUUUGGUUUUGGAAACACUAUCUGCUCUUGACCGAGCAAUUCAUUCUCCGCAUGCAACAGCACAGGAGGUUUCCACAGCUGUCCCGAAGCUAACUAAAGACUCAUCUGGACAAUAUAGUGAUUUUAAUAUUCUCUCUUCACUGAAUUCUCAGCUUUUUGAGAGCUCGGCUUUGAUGCAUGUGUCAGCCGUUCAAUCGCUUCUUUCUGCUCUACGUCAGUUGUCGUGUCAAUGUAUGGCAGCAACUUUGAGUAGCAAUGGGCAGACAUCAAAUCACAAACUCGGAAGCAUUAGUUUUUCAGUGGACAGAAUACUAUUGAUCCUCACCAAUAAUCUUCACAGGGUGGAACCAUUAUGGGGUGAUAUAGUUGGUCAUUUCCUUGAGCUUGCUGAUAGUCCCAACCCACAACUGCAAACUAUGGCCCUUGAUGCAUUGGAUAAAUCCAUUUGUGCUGUCUUAGGCUCUAAUCAGUUUCAGGAGAAUGCAUUGUCAAGCUCUGUUGAUGCAUCAAACAAUCUAAUUGGCGCAUCAAAGUUAAGAUCACUGGAAUGUGCUGUCAUAUCUCCUUUAAAUGAUCUAUAUUCUUUAUCACAAAGUUCUGAAGUUCGUGCUGCAUCUCUGAAGAUUCUUCUUCAUGUUUUGGAGAGGCAUGGGGAGAAGUUACACUACAGUUGGCCAAAUAUUCUUGAAAUGUUAAGGUCUGUAGCCCAUGCAUCAGAAAAAGAUCUCAUUGCACUUGGAUUCCAGAGCCUCCGUGUGAUAAUGAAUGAUGGGCUGCCCAAUAUACCUGCUCACUGCCUCCAUGAAUGUAUUGAUGUAGCUGGGGCAUACAGUGCUCAGAAGACUGAGUUGAAUAUAAGUCUUACAGCUGUAGGUCUAUUAUGGACCGCUAUUGACUUCAUUGUGAAAACGAUUAUGCAGAGGACUCAAGAAGAACUUGAAACAGAUCUUAGAGAUCAUGAAACAAGGGAAGAGCCAACUGAUUCUCAUGAUAAAGUUACUAAUGUCACAUUCUCUUCAGAUACUGUUCAACGUGACAGACUGCUUGUUUCUGUUUUCUCUUUGCUUCAUAAGCUGGGAGCUGAUGAGAGACCAGAGGUUAGGAACUCAGCAAUAAGGAUGCUUUUUCAAACACUUGGAAGUCAUGGACAGAAACUUUCAGAAAGGAUGUGGGAAGAUUGUCUUUGGAAUUAUGUUUUCCCUACAUUAGACCAUGCAUCUCACUUGGCUGCAACCUCGUCAAAAGAUGAAUGGCAAGGUAAAGAACUUGGAACUCGCAAGGGAAUAGCAGUUCAUAUGCUUAUACAUCACAGUCGCAAUACAGCUCAAAAGCAAUGGGAUGAGACACUUGCGCUGGUACUGGGUGGAAUUGCUCGGAUUUUAAGAUCUUCAUUUCCGUUUCUUAGAAGCUUAAGAAACUUCCAGUCUGGCUGGGAGUCAUUGCUUGUCUUUGUCAAGAAUAGCAUUUUAAAUGGUAGUAAAGAAGUUGCGCUUGCAGCAAUAAAUUGCCUACAAUCAACUGUGGUUUCUCAUUCUUCAAAGGGGAAUCUUCCUAUAACAUACAUUAAGUCGGUACUUGAUAUUUAUGAGGAUGUUCUUCAAAAAUCAGAGAACAGUAGUGAUCAUGUCACAGGCAAGGUGAAGCAGGAGAUCUUACAUGGUCUUGGAGAACUAUAUUCGCAGGCUCAAGGGAUGUUUGACAAUGACAUGUACAAAAAGUUGAUAUUGGUUGUAGAUUCGACAAUUAGAGAAGCCAAGAUCACCAAUAUUACCUUUGAAGCAGAUUAUGGUCAUGUACCACCUGUGCAACGGACCAUACUCGAAAUCUUACCACUAUUACGUCCAGCAGCGCACCUUAGUUCAAUGUGGAUUCUCCUCCUUGUGACUUUAUUGCAUUAUCUUCCAGCAGACGAUCCCGCAGACGACAAAGAAGAUGAUCGUGAGGGAGUUCGUAAUAGUAAUCAUACCCACAACAAUGGUGAAGGGUUAAUCCUCAACAACACGAAUUCUCUGUUUGCUGAGAAGCUUGUUCCUGUGCUAGUUGAUCUCUUCCUGCAAGCUCCAGUUGAGGAAAAAUACAAUGUUUUUCCAAAUUUAAUUCGAAGUCUAGGAAGGUGUAUGACAACAAGAAGGGACGACCCUGAUGGCACACUUUGGAGAUUAGCUGUUGAGGGCUUUCACCGUAUUUUGAUUGCUGAUGUUAGAAAACUGAAACCAGCAUCUGGAACUGAUCUAACCAAUACCAGAUCUUCAAGAAUACAAGUGUGGAAAGAAGUGGCUGAUGUUUAUGACUUAUUUUUAGUGGGGCACUGUGGUCGUGCUCUGCCUUCCAAUGCGCUAUCAGCAACAGCACAUCAGACCACCGAGUCUCUUGAGAUGAAAAUCUUAGAUGUUCUGGGCGAUGAGAUUCUUCGAUCUGAUACUGAUAUACCUCUUGAUAUUCUACAAAGACUGAUUUCCACCCUCGAUCGAUGCGCAUCACGGACUUGUUGUUUGCCUCUUGAAACUGUUGAGCUUAUGCCUUCACACUGCAGCAGAUUCUCGUUGACAUGCUUGAAGAAGAUAUUUUCCUUGAGCAGCUAUGAGAUGGGCGAUUGGAAUUUGUCUAGAUCUGAAGUUAGCAAAAUAUCAAUUAUGACGCUGAUGUCGAGAUGUGACUUCAUAUUAGGAAAAUUCUUGACAGAUGAGAAUGACUUGGGUGUUCGUUCCUUGCCUCCAGCAAGAGUGGAAGAAGUCACAUUUGUACUUCAGGAGCUUGACCGUCUUGUAAUUCAUCCAGAAACAGCAUUGGCUCUUCCUUUACAUACUCACUUGAAGGAGGGCGUGUCUAAGGAGACUAUGAAAAGACGUUCCCAUUUGCUGCUUCUUUUUCCAUCACUAUGUGAACUUGUUAUGUCAAGGGAAUCAAAGGUUAGAGAGCUGGUACAAGUAUUACUUCGACUCAUUGCAGCGGAAUUGGGCUUACAAAAGCUCUCGACUUAAAGCAGUUAAAGUUGAAGACCUUUGUAAAAAAAGACCAACUCCUGUUUGUUCAUACGAGUCGUCCAUCCGGACAUGUAGAGGUUGUAGGUUGACUGAUGAGGAUUUUUUUUUUUCUCCCUCAUUAGAUUUUACAUGUAUCAAAAUAGAAUAAUGGUACUUGCUGGAUAUUAUUUCCUCCGGUUGUAUUAUGUGAAAAAAAAAAAACAAUAUUUUGUUUUUACUUUAUUAUCACUGAUAACAUUUUCUACAUGAUUCUCAAAGUAGAACGUUUUUUUCUUGACAUACAACUCCUCAGUUGAGAUAGUAUAAGGAAAAAAUAGUAGGUUUGUUAAGAAA